GACACACACAGUGUUGGAGAGAGCUGCAAGUCUAUGCUUUUCCCUGGCUAUAAUAAUUUAAUACAUUCUGCAACAUACAGGAUUUACCUUGUGUUCCACUUAUUAUUUUAUCUCUAUUGUUUGCUAUCACUGGAGAGAUUUUUCAUCUUUUAUACCUCUGUGCUACUAACAAAUCCGAGCUGAUGUGCUGUCUGCAAGGCUGGAAAUGGAAAUGUUGAUGCUCUGUCUAUUCCCCUGGAUAUUUCAGUGCCUUUCAGUGCGAGCGGACUCCAUCAUUCACAUUGGUGCAAUAUUUGAAGAAAAUGCUGUCAAGGACGAUGAAGUUUUCCAGCUGGCAGUGUCAGAUUUAAGCCUGAAUGACGACAUAUUACAGAGUGAAAAGAUUACCUACUCCAUCAAGUUUAUAGAAGCCAAUAACCCCUUCCAAGCAGUUCAAGAAGCUUGUGACCUGAUGACCCAGGGGAUCUUAGCCUUAGUAACAUCUACUGGUUGUGCCUCAGCAAAUGCUCUUCAGUCGCUGACAGACGCCAUGCAUAUACCACACAUAUUUGUACAACGCAACUCUGGGGGAUCUCCGCGUACAGUCUGUCAGUUUAACCCUAGCCCAGAAGGAGAAGAGUACACAUUGGCUGCUAGGCCGCCUGUUCGUCUCAAUGACGUCAUGCUGAAACUUGUUACUGAACUUCGAUGGCAAAAGUUUAUUGUUUUUUAUGACAGCGACUAUGAUAUACGUGGGCUACAGGGUUUUUUGGAUCAGGCAUCAAGGUUGGGACUUGACGUUUCCUUGCAAAAAGUGGACAGAAAUAUCAGCAGAGUUUUUGCCACCCUUUUCACUUCCAUGAAGACAGAGGAACUUAAUCGAUAUCGAGACACAUUAAGGAGGGCCAUUUUACUUCUAAGUCCAAGAGGUGCUCAGAGCUUCAUUAGUGAGGCUGUGGAGACCAAUCUUGCUUCCAAAGACAGUCACUGGGUCUAUGUGAAUGAGGAAAUCAAUGAUGCAGAAAUCGUGGAGCUUGUACACAGUGCACUUGGAAGAAUUACAGUUAUAAGACAGAUUUUCCCUUCAUUAAAAGACAACAAUAUCAGAUGUGUGAGGAAUAACCAUAGGAUUGCUUCACUCCCCUGUGAUCCACAAGAGGGAUAUCUACAAAUGUUACAGGUUUCCAAUCUGUAUCUGUAUGACAGUGUGCUUAUGUUGGCGAAUGCUUUCCACAGAAAAUUGGAAGACAGAAAAUGGCAUAGUAUGGCAAGUCUAAACUGUAUGAGGAAAUCGACAAAGCCAUGGAAUGGUGGCAGAUCCAUGCUGGAUACUAUAAAAAAGGGUCGUAUUACAGGAUUAACUGGAAUUAUGGAGUUUAAGGAAGCGGGAGCCAACCCUCAUGUCCAAUUUGAAAUUCUUGGAACGAGUUACAGUGAAACAUUUGGCAAAGACGUGCGAAGGUUGGCAACCUGGGACUCCAUGAAAGGAUUUAAUGGAAGUCUGCAAGAAAAGCCUUUAAAUAAUGACCUGCAGGGAUUAACUCUGAAAGUGGUGACUGUUUUGGAAGAACCUUUUGUUAUGGUUGCAGAAAAUAUUCUUGGUCAACCCAAAAGAUACAAAGGGUUUUCCAUAGAGAUAUUGGAUGAGCUUUCUAAUAGACUGGGAUUCAAAUAUGAAAUUUACCAAGCACCCGAUGGCAAAUAUGGGCAUCAGCUUUCCAAUGGCUCUUGGAAUGGUAUGAUAGGAGAGCUUAUUAACAAGAGGGCAGACAUUGCAAUAUCCGCAAUAACUAUAACACCAGAGCGGGAAAAUGUUGUGGACUUCACCAAGCGUUACUUGGAUUAUUCAGUAGGAAUUCUUAUAAAAAAGCCAGAAGAAAGAAUAAACAUCUUCUCCCUCUUUGCUCCUUUUGACUUUGCUGUGUGGGCCUGCAUUGCUGCUGUUAUUCCUGUGGUUGGGGUCCUAAUAUUUGUCUUGAAUCGUAUUCAGGCAGUAAGAGCACAGAAUUCUUCUCAAACAAGUCAGUCAACAUCUUCAACUCUGCACAGUGCCAUUUGGAUUGUAUACGGUGCUUUUGUCCAACAAGGUGGAGAGUCUGCUGCUAACUCUGUAGCAAUGCGAAUUGUGAUGGGGAGUUGGUGGCUUUUCACCCUUAUUGUCUGUUCCUCCUAUACGGCAAACCUGGCAGCCUUCUUGACUGUAUCAAGAAUGGACAAUCCAAUAAGGACUUUUCAAGACUUGGCCAAACAAGUGGACCUCCCUUAUGGUACUGUUAAGGAUUCAUCAGUGUAUGAAUAUUUUAAAUCAAAAGGAACAAACACUUUGGUGCAAGACCGAACCUUUGCUGAAUUAUGGAGAACAAUUGGCAAAAACAAUGGAAGUGACAACUGUGUAUCAAGCCCAUCAGAGGGUAUUAGAAAGGCAAAACGGGGAAACUAUGCUUUCUUGUGGGAUGUAACAGUAGUGGAAUAUGCAGCUCUCACAGAUGAUGAAUGUUCAGUGGCUGUUACUGGGAAUACUAUUAGUAGUAAAGGCUAUGGUAUAGCUCUUCAACAUGGCAGCCCUUAUAGAGACAUUUUUUCACAAAGGAUCCUUGAAUUCCAGGACAGUGGUCGUCUAGAUGUCUUAAAAGAAAAGUGGUGGCCACGGACAGGAAGAUGUGAUCUAAAUAGCCACAAUAAUGCACAAAAUGAUGGCAAGGCUUUGAAACUACACAGUUUUGCUGGAGUAUUCUGCAUCCUGGCAAUAGGCCUGCUGCUUGCUUGUCUUGUUGCGGCAUUGGAAUUAUGGUGGAACAGCAAUCGGUGUCGGCAGGAUUCGCCAAAAGAGGAUAAAGAAGUCAACUUAGAGCAAGUACACAGACGUUUGAACAGCUUAAUUGAUGAAGACAUGGCUCAUAAGCAAAUAUCAACAGCAUCGAUUGAAAUAUCUGCAUUAGAGAUUGGGGGAAUGCCAAGUCAAACCUUGGAACCUCUACGGGAAUACCAGAGUACUCAACUUUCAGUCACUACAUUUUUACCUGAGCAAACAGGUCACAGUGGUGGAAGGACACUUACAUCUAUACCAAGUAGUAACUUACCCUUGCCCCUUAGCAGCUCAGCUACGAUGCCCUCAAUGCAAUGUAAACACAGAUCACCAAAUGGAGGACUAUUUCGUCAAAGCCCUGUGAAAACACCAAUGCCACUCUCAUUUCAGUCCAUGCCAGGGGGGCCCAUUCCAGAAGCCAUUGAGACUUCUCAUGGAACAUCUAUAUAAUUCAAAAAAAUUACCUGCAAAGAUUUUUAAUACAAAAAAACUCUUACAUUUUUCCUGUACAUAUCUGUAAAUAACAAAAAUGAAGUGGGUUAAAAAGUGUAUUUUGAAUAUUCCCUUUUUUGAAGUCAGUAAAACAAAGAAAAAAAUGUAUGAAUGGCUUUGUAAAUUUUGUUCUUUAUGAAUAAAAUAGCAAAUUACUUGUGA